AUGGGCGGGACAUGCUGCACGUUGGGCGACCACCGCCGGGUAAGAGAGGCGGAUUCUUCUCUUUCCACAGCAAAGACCCCCGCGGCCCCCGGGGGCGCCGCCCCUCGGCGCGGGGACCCGCUGGGCGCCGCUCCCAGCCCCGCGCCGCCUCCCGGGGGCGCCCCCGUCUCGGCGGCCGGCGCGGCACGGGUGCGGGGCUGGGCCGGGGCGGGCCCCGGGGAGCCCGCGGGGCGGGGCCGCCGCACCCGCUCCCCUCCCCGCCGCCCGCCGCCCGCUCCUCCCGCAGCCCCGGCUCAGAGCGGCGGCAGCAGCGGCCGCGGCAGCAGCUCCGGCUCCGGCUCCGGCUCCCCCGCCGCUCGCGCUCCCGCGCCGGGCCCCGCGCCCCGACCCCGCCGCCGCGCCUUUCGGGGGGCCUCGGGCACCCCCGCCGCCCGCCUCACGCUGAAGUUCCUGGCCGUGCUGCUGGCCGCGGGCAUGCUGGCGUUCCUCGGUGCCGUCAUCUGCAUCAUUGCCAGCGUGCCCCUGGCGGCCAGCCCGGCGCGGGCGCUGCCCGGUGGCGGCGUUGGCGGCGGCGGCGGCGACAACGCCUCGGCCGCCCCGGGCUCUGCCGGCGCGUCCCCGGGCCCGCAGCGCAGCCUGAGCGCCUUGCACGGCGCGGGGGGCUCGGCCGGGCCGCCCGCGCUGCCCGGGGCGCCGGCGGCCAGCGCGCACCCGCUGCCGCCCGUGCCCCUGUUCAGCCGUUUCCUGUGCACGCCGCUGACCGCCGCCUGCCCGUCGGGGGCCGAGCCGGGGGACGCGGCGGGCGGCGAGCGCGAGGAACUGCUGCUGCUGCAGAGCACGGCCGAGCAGCUGCGCCAGACGGCGCUGCAGCAGGAGGCGCGCAUCCGCGCCGACCAGGACACCAUCCGCGAGCUCACGGGCAAGCUGGGCCGCUGCGAAGGCGGCCUGCCGCGGGGCCUGCAGGGGGGCGCGGGCCCCCGCCGGGACACCAUGGCCGACGGCGCCUGGGACUCGCCCGCGCUGCUGCGGGAGCUGGAGGACGCCGUGCGCGCCCUGCGGGACCGCAUCGACCGCCUGGAGCAGGAACUGCCUGCCCGCGUGAACUUCUCGGCUGGCCCAGCGCCCGCCGUGCCCACGGCCCUGCACGCGAAGAUGGACGAGCUGGAGGGGCAGCUGCUGGCCAGGGUCUUGGCGCUGGAGAAGGAGCGCGCGGCCCUGAGCCACAGCAGCCACCAGCAGCGGCAGGAGGUGGAGAAGGAGCUGGACGCUCUGCAAGGACGUGUGACCGAGUUGGAGCAUGGGCCCUCGGCCUACAGCCCCCCGGACGCCUUCAAGCUCAGCAUCCCCAUCCGCAACAACUACAUGUACGGGCGCGUGCGCAAGGCGGUCCCCGAACUCUACGCCUUCACGGUCUGCGCGUGGCUGCGCUCCCGCUCGGCCGGCGGCGGCCAGGGCACCCCCUUCUCCUACUCGGUGCCGGGACAGGCCAACGAGCUGGUCCUGCUGGAGGCCGGCCAGGACCCCAUGGAGCUGCUCAUCAAUGACAAGGUGGCCCAGCUGCCCCUGAGCCUGAAGGACAACACCUGGCACCACAUCUGCAUUGCCUGGACCACCAGGGACGGCCUGUGGUCUGCCUACCAGGACGGAGAGCCGCGGGGCUCUGGUGAGAACCUGGCCGCCUGGCACCCCAUCAAGCCUCACGGAAUCCUGAUCUUGGGCCAAGAGCAGGAUACCCUGGGCGGCCGGUUUGAUGCCACUCAGGCCUUCGUGGGUGACAUUGCCCAGUUUAACCUGUGGGACCACGUCCUGACGCCCGCCCAGGUCCAAGGCAUUGCCAACUGUACAGGCCCGCUGCUGGGCAACGUCCUGCCCUGGGAAGACAAGCUGGUGGAGGCCUUUGGGGGUGCAACCAAGGCCCCCUUCGACGUCUGCAAGGGGACAGCUAAGGCCUGAGGGGCCCUGCCUUGGCGGAAUGAGGGGACUUUGGGGGGCACAUUCCCCCCUCCCCUCUCCCCC